AGGCAUGGUUAAGGGCGGGCGAUGACCAAUCAGAGCGGAGAUCGCCGUGUCGGAGGCGUUUGCUAUGGCGGAGGCUUAGUGACGCCCACGGAGCUACUUCCGCACAAUUCUUCUUGCUCGUCUCCGGAGACUCGUCGGGAGAUUUAACCGACAAAGGAGAGCAUGUUUGAGUAGGUGGGUAUGGACGGUAAAGGCCCGUAUCGGAUCUACGACCCCGGCGGGAGCGAAGCUCAAUCCAAAGAGGAGGCCAGUAGCUACAGGCAGCUCCUGGAGGAGAACACGGUGCUGAGAGAGCGCAUGAAAGGCCUGAAGAGCCUCGGAGAUCUGCUGGAAGAGUCUCAGUCAGAGGCGCUGAAGCUCCGCAAGCGAGUGGAGGAGCUGGUGAGAGACAACGAAGCGCUGAAGUCCUCCACGUCCAGCUUCGCCAGCGCCUGCAUCGCUAAUCCCGUUCACACCGACACCCAAGGUCAUGGGAAGCUCCUGAGUCACCAGACGUCUGUGCGAUUGGAUCCCCGCGAGUGCCUGACCGGGAAAACCGUCCAACCGGAAGUCACCGAGACCUCGUCACACUUCGAGCUGGUCAACACCGAGGACAAGACCAUGGCGGAGACGCAAACGGAGAACACAGAGUUGGCCAGUCAGCUGCAGAGGUUGGAGAGUUCCUUCAGUGUGUUUGCACAGGAGUCUAACCCCAACCAGCUGCUGGCUCACCUGGGCCGCAUGGCCGUGGAGUUCCACACCCUGUCCUCUAAAGUGCAGAAGAACGAGCAGAGAACCUCACUGCUGCAGACUCUAUGUGAGCAGCUGAGGCAGGAAAACAAUGAGCUACGCAAGAAAAUGGAGGAGGACCUUCAGUAUCGGAAUCGCGACCUGGAGCAGCUGAGACAAGAGAACCUGAAGCUGCGUGAGCAGGUGAGCGGACGUACAGAGGCGGUGCAGAGUGAGUCAGCUGAGGCCAAAGACGAGGCAGCCAAAGAGGAAGCGGCGAAAGUCAAGCUGGAGGCGGUCAUGACUCAGCAGUCCAGUAAAGCUGCAGAGAAAACUCCCUCCAAGACGCUGGACCCAGAGAUGUACGAGAAGAAGAUCAGACUUCUGGAGAAACAGCGGAGAGACGUGCUGGAGGUGAACAAGCAGUGGGACAUUCAGUGGAACUCGAUGAAGGCGCAGUAUGAACAGAAGAUCACAGAUCUGAGGCAGCGGCUGGCCGACUCACAGAAAGCCGUCCAGGAAUUAGAGGCAGAGCGAGAGCAGAGGCAGAGAGAUUACGACAAGAAGCUUCUCCUGGCCAAAUCCAAGAUCGACAACGUGCAGGGUGAGAAGGAGUGUUUGACGACGGAGACGUGUGAGCUGAAGCAGAAGGUGCGCUACCUGCAGGAUCAGCUGGUUCCACUCACUAAACAGAGAGAGUACCAGGAGAAGGAGAUCCAGCGUCUCAACCGGGCCCUGGAGGAAGCUCUGAACCUGCAGUCCCCAAGCUCCCAGGCAGGAAUGAACCUGGGUGAGGGAGUCCUGAACCUGCGGCAGCAGGAGCUCCACACUCAGAUCGCCGUGCUCAAAGAACAGGUGAAGAUCUUCGAGGAAGACUUCCAGAAGGAGCGCAGGGACAGAGAGCGCAUGAACGAGGAGAAGGAGGACCUGAGGCGGCAGGUGGAAAGGCUGCAGGGUCAGAUGACCAAUCUGACCAAUCAGCUCCAUCAGGCACAAAACGAGUGUCAGAGAGAGCGGGCAGAGCGGUGUAAACUGGAACGACUGCAGAUGCAACACAAUAAGCAGGAGGGGCAGCCAGAGAGAAGGACGUCUGACCCCACCUCGGGCUCAGCUAACGGUCCUCUGAGCCCGCCAUACUGCGGCCCCUUCGUGCAGGUCGGUCACCAGCUCGAGGGCUGGCCCAUCCACUUCCCUCCCAGAAUGCCCACUCUGAGUGCCGCACCGGGGCGAGACUUCCAACCUGUUAAUCCGGGCUUUCCUUGGCAGACAUCAUUCCCACAGCCACGGGGCUCCAGGGUACAGACAGACGCCGCGAGAGCACCACCAGAAACUGCAGAAGCAGGAGCUGCAGGUUUCGGGAAGCGGGAGCGUCAGAACACAGACGCUGGAAAGCACUAAAGAGCUUCAUCCUCCCUCUGCACCGGCACGUGGCUUAGUAGCAUGAUGCAGUUUCUCUUUCGGCAUGGUGUGAACUAUCCUUUAUUUCAGCUCCCCGUGUGUGUGUGUGUGUGUGUGUGUGUAAAACAAAAAAACAUAUACACACACACACACAAAAAAAUGUUGUUUAUAUGCUUAAGUUUUAUAAGCCUGUACGUAAAAACACUGUCCUGGAGUACACACACACACACACACACACACACACACAUUGUUAUUAUUAAUUCAGCUUUUUUUCUAUUGUUCGAGGUGAGAAUUCUGCUUUAUACAGUCAUUCUGUCAAUUAUUUAACGGACAAAAGCAUCACGGGGACCAUUUCCUGUCCAGUUGUCUUUUUGAAGCGUCCAGCAGAUUUUAGUUUUUAGUUUUUAUCCCCGGUACGGCUUUUACGUUAACGUUCCGUCCUUUAAUUACAGUUGACCUCACACCUUCAGCACUAAUACACCAUCUCCUACACAUCCUGUACAUUAUCAUAGACUCACCCUCAUCCCACCAAUCAGGAGGUGCACAUUUGCAUACAUUUGCAUAUCCUAGCUGCUUAGAAAUGCUUCAGUUUAUUGAAGGUUCUGAUGAUUAUGUAUUAAUGCUGAAGUUCAGGUUCUAACCAAUGAAAGGGCGCUAGUUUCCGGGAACGUUAAUGUUGAAGCACUACCGCUAUUUAUUUACUGAAACGAACUGAAAGCAAGAGUGUGAUAGGGUGUGUGUUUGCGUUUUUUCUUUUCCUGAAAAUCAGAUGAAAGAUGAUUUUAUUUGUUUAGUAGUUAUUAUUAAAAAAUAAACAAACACCCUAUCGAUGAUGUGAAAGCCGAAAGUGUCGUCCCGUAACUCCGUAGGAAAAACACCUCGGAAAAAAACCCUUUUGCGCCACAGUACUUCUAUUUAUUCACGCGACAUACACCUUUUAUCGUUUUCUUCUCUGUGAGGGACUUGACGUCCGUCACGUGUAACACGUUCACUGAGAGCUAGAGCUAAAGUGCUGAAACUGAUAUUUAAUAUGAUAUAUUUAAUCUCAUCACCAUCCUUCGAAGGCCCGCGUUAAUGUUCGAUUUUUUCUGUUCUAGUUAGUGGUUUCUGAAUGUAUCUGGAGCUCUGACCACGGAUAGGUCCAGACGGCAGUUGUAAGAAUCCUUACGAUCUUUUUUCAGUAGUGAUGAUGGCGUGUGGUUCAUUGUCUACGUAUCGUUGUUAUUUGUGUAUUGCUUUUUGUCUGCAUUAUAAAUAUAUAUAUAUAUAUAUCCCAGAUGUUUGAAGUGGGCCAAAAAUAAUAUAUAUAUAAUAAUAAUAAUUAUAAUUACCUUAUUAUUAAGAGCAGCUCAUUUAUUCAUUCAUGCACUCACUGCUUUAUGCUGCCUUCAGGUCUUUGUUUGGAAAUUCCCACCUAUGAUAUUAGGUAUGUAGGGGGACGGGCGACGUAAAUUAAGUUUUGUUUUUGUUUAUUUCGUAUCCUUGGUAUCUAGCAAAGACUUGCAAAAUGAGUAACUAUUCGUCUAAGGUUUAGGGCGCUGGUGGCUCAGUGUCUCGCCUACCAUGCGGAAAGUCCAGGUUCGGUUCCCAGCUGGUGCCUAAACCCCAGCCACUGGAUGCGGUGCCGGUCCCAAGCCCAGAUAAAACAGGAGGGUUGCGUCAGGAAAGGCAUCCGGCGUCAAACCUGUGCUAAGUUGUUGUGUGGACCGGUUGGUCCCCUGUGGUGACCCCUCACACAGCCGAAAGAUCAACAACAUUCAUCGAAGUUUAAUAUUUCAUACCGUGACUUUGUGUUAAUGACACGCCCACAAACCAAGAGUUUUGCAUAAUAAAAAGUCAUAAUUCCAACAUCGCGAUGCCGUUCGUCUCGUACCCGCGAUAUUUCCAACACGACUUUGAAGGCAGCGCCAGUGCAGAUCAGAUCAGCAGAGAUAUAACCUCAUGUCAUUGUAACCCAUUUUUUAAAAAUAAUUCACUAAUAUUCAUCGGGUCCAAAACUGGAUUUUUUUUUUUUUUUUUUUUUUUUUUUUUUUUUUAUAUAUACUUUUUAAAUAUUCGGAUUGUUCUCUCUGUGACACGAGUAGUUUGAGAUGUAUACGUGGCUCCAUCUGUAACAACUUUUCCCAAGACAAAUUUGCUGUAACUUGCAAGGCAGUGUUUACGAUAUGUAAAUAAUGAUAAUAAGGAGCAGGUUUGGACAGGCCUUUUCUAGUGAAUGUGUGUUGUGUAGAAACAGCUAACCCGAUUACCAGUGUGUGGAGUGCGUAGAGGUUGAAAAUGUUUUUGUGAGCUUGAACGGCACUUUCACUUUUAUUUAAUGUAGUUAAACGUGCUUUUUUGGAGUGAGAUUAUUAUUAUUAUUAUUAUUAUUAUUAUUAUUAUUAUUAUUAUUCCUUCUUCGAUCAGGCGGAAGCACAUCUUGUGAAUCUUUUUUGUAUUUGAUAAUCAUAAUAAAUAUAUUCUUAAUGUC